GAAAUAGGCCUUUUGCAUAGAUAGAAAAAGUCUUAGAUCUUUGAGCUAAGCUCAUGAAAAAUGGGGACAGAAACAAAAAAGUGUUGCAUUUAUUAAUUGUGUUCAGUGUAGAUAGACAGACAGAUAAAAGGCCAUAUUGGACCUUUUGCUUAAGUGAUCAACGACAACGAUUUAUUUCAGAUAAAUGUGAAAGGUUUGCUUUAGGCACUAUUAACUCACUUCUGACUUUUCUCCCAUUGAUUUGGCAUUGUAACUACAGCAACUACAGCAACUAUGGCACCUACAACAACGACAGCCAGCGCAGCAGUUCCCGGAUGGGGAGUUGCUCUCAUAGUUCUGUGUUCUGUGGCUGUCUUCCUCCUUUUGGUCGGCAUUUGUUUUAUAGUAAGUAGAAAGCCUCUUUUGAGGGUAAAAUCAGAUCAAAGUUGGUGAAUUCUUCCUAAUUUUAAUUUAAUUUGUUUAGUUUCCUUGUAAAUACAAUCCGCAGUUUGGAGCAUGUAAUGUGUGCUAUUUUGCCAAAAGGAUUAGGAAGCUGAUUGUAAAAUGUGAGCUAAAAGAACAAUUUCUUUUCCAUCUGACAAUGUUUCUCCAUUUCAUUCUCUCCGAUCCACGUUCCCUAUUUCAAUAAUAAAUUCUCUCUGAUCCACGUUCCCUAUUUCAAUAAUUAAUUCUCUCUGAUCCACGUUCCCUAUUUAAAUAAUUAAUUCUCUCUGAUCCACGUUCCCUAUUUCAAUAAUUAAUUCUCUCUGAUCCACGUUCCCUAUUUCAAUAAUUAAUUCUCUCUGAUCCGCGUUCCCUAUUUCAAUAAUUAAAUCUCUCUGAUCCACGUUCCCUAUUUCAAUAAUUAAUUCUCUCUGAUCCACGUUCCCUAUUUCAAUAAUUCAUUCUCUCUGAUCCACGUUCCCUAUUUCAAUAAUUAAUUCUCUCUGAUCCACGUUCCCUAUUUCAAUAAUUAAUUCUCUGAUCCACGUUCCCUAUUUCAAUAAUUAAUUCUCUCUGAUCCACGUUCCCUAUUUCAAUAAUUCAUUCUCUCUGAUCCACGUUCCCUAUUUCAAUAAUUAAUUCUCUCUGAUCCACGUUCCCUAUAUCAAUAUUUCAUUCUCUCUGAUCCACGUUCCCUAUUUCAAUAAUUCAUUCUCUCUGAUCCACGUUCCCUAUUUCAAUAAUUAAUUCUCUCUGAUCCACGUUCCCUAUUUCACUAAUUCAUUCUCUCUGAUCCACGUUCCCUAUUUCAAUAUAAUUCCUCUCUGAUCCACGCUUCCCUAUUUCAAUAAUUUUCUCUGAUCCACGUUCCCUAUUUCAAUAAUUAAUUCUCUCUGAUCCACGUUCUAUUUCACAAUUUCUAAAUAUUUCAUUCUCUCUGAUCCGUUCCCUAUUUCAAUAGUAAUUUUCUGAUCCACGUUCCCUAUUUCACUACCCAUUCUCUCUGAUCCCGCUCCUAUUUCAAUACCACUCCUCUGAUCCCGCCCUAUAUCAAUAUUUCUUCUCUCUGAUCCACGUUCCUAUUUCAAUAAUUAACUACUUUUCACUCUCUGAUCCACGUUCCCUAUUUCACUAAUUCAUUCUCUCUGAUCCACGUUCCCUAUUUCAAUAAUUCAUUCUCUCUGAUCCACGUUCCCUAUUUCAAUAAUUAAUUCUCUCUGAUCCACGUUCCCUAUAUCAAUAUUUCAUUCUCUCUGAUCCACGUUCCCUAUUUCAAUAAUUCAUUCUCUCUGAUCCACGUUCCCUAUUUCAAUAAUUAAUUCUCUCUGAUCCACGUUCCCUAUUUCACUAAUUCAUUCUCUCUGAUCCACGUUCCCUAUUUCAAUAAUUAAUUCUCUCUGAUCCACGUUCCCUAUUUCAAUAAUUAAUUCUCUGAUCCACGUUCCCUAUUUCAAUAAUUAAUUCUCUCUGAUCCACGUUCCCUAUUUCACUAAUUCAUUCUCUCUGAUCCACGUUCCCUAUUUCAAUAUUUCAUUCUCUCUGAUCCACGUUCCCUAUUUCAAUAAUUAAUUCUCUCUGAUCCACGUUCCCUAUUUCACUAAUUCAUUCUCUCUGAUCCACGUUCCCUAUUUCAAUAAUUAAUUCUCUCUGAUCCACGUUCCCUAUUUCAAUAUUUCAUUCUCUCUGAUCCACGUUCCCUUUUUGCUAUCUUUCAUUCUCUCUGAUCCACAUUCCCUAUUUCAAUAUUUCAUUCUCUCUGAUCCACGGUGUCUAUUAGACUUCGAGAUUUCUUGCGCUCCAAACUGUAAUUUGUCCGAAUAUUGGACCCGAUUGAGUGAUUGUUCGAAUUCCCGAACUCCAAGCUCUGCCCUACUCCAAUAGCGUCUCUUUGAUUUCCAAGCAAGGCAUAGCUCCAGAAUUUUCUAAUUUCUGUUGAGUUUCGCUAUAAAUCAGGAGGCCCUGUAUUGGUAAAUUCAGCUUUUAGUUCUGUUCAAGAAUGAAAUAAACCCAGCUAUAAAUUAUUAAUUCCAUUUAUGUUUGGCAGCCAUUUGAUUCCUUAUUUGUUUGGUCCAACUAGAGCUAUGAGUUUUGAGUGCUAGAGAUAUUAUUCCUACUUUUUUCUCUCAUAUCACGCACUUUUCUACUUUCCGAGCUAUAACAUUGGUUUUCUUUAUUUAAUUUUUUUCAGAUCAUUGCUCAGCGGAACUAGUGCAGAACAUCAACAAAGAUGAACUCUCAAAGCCUAGCAUCUCGGUGUUUACCUGCUAGUGUUAAUCUCUCUCUAUUUUGGGCGUUUUGGAUUUACCAUAGAGGUGGCUUCUUGCCGUAUGACAUGGGAAGAGACGCAGUAUUACAUUGUGUAACUUCAGUAACUGUGUAUUAUGAAUAUGAAUAAAAUAUAAACUGACUUACCAAUGAGCAUAUGGUGUUACAUAUCAAAGUAAAUAAAUAAAUGAUGUGAUAGGGAUAAAUAUAGUGAGUUUGUCCAAACUCUUUGAAUAUGGCACAUUUUCGAGGCUAUUCAUUCUGAGAGGGGGGGAUUCGGAGGGAUUAAUGACAAUUUCGGAUUACAUUAUUAUUAAGCCGUAGGACAGAAAGGCAAAAUAUAAUUAGAAAAUCACACAUUAUCAGGACAGGCUCAGACAGCGCUGGGUUUAUUUCUAAUGUAGGGGAUCUGACUGCACGUUAUCAGGACAGGCUCAGACAGCGCUGGGUUUAUAUCUAAUGUAGGAGAUCUGACGUUAUCAGGACAGGCUCAGACAGCGCUGGGUUUAUAUCUAAUGUAAGGGAUCUGACUGCACGUUAUCAGGACAGGCUCAGACAGCGCUGGGUUUAUAUCUAAUGUAGGGGAUCUGACUGCACAUUAUCAGGACAGGCUCAGACAGCGCUGGGUUUAUUUCUAACAUAAGGGAUAUGACUGCACGUUAUCAGGACAGGCUCAGACAGCGCUGGGUUUAUAUCUAAUGUAGGGGAUCUGACGUUAUCAGGACAGGCUCAGACAGCGCUGGGUUUAUAUCUAAUGUAGGGGAUCUGACUGCACGUUAUCAGGACAGGCUCAGACAGCGCUGGGUUUAUGAAAAUAAUAAGAGAAAGGCUGCGCACACAAGUAGAAAUAAAGUCCAAUGUAAAGGAAAGUCCCAAUGUUUUAUCCUUACAGAUGGUCUUUGCUAAUGACGUCUUCUCUUAAUGUAGCGGUUCCACUUAUAUGAAAGAAAAAAGAGGAGAGAGAAGGGCGACCAAUAGUGUAGUAUAUAAAAUUCUGGUGUGAACAUAAAAGAAUAAUAAUAUAGAACUCACAUUUGCCAGAGCUAUUGUCCUAGCGCUGGGUUUAUAUCUAAUGUAGGGGAUCUGACUGCACGUUAUCAGGACAGGCUCAGACAGCGCUGGGUUUAUAUCUAAUGUAGGGGAUCUGACCGCACAAUGUUGGAUGUUCUAUACUAAGAGAGACAUGUUGGAUAUUCUAUACUAAGACAGACGUGUUGGAUGGUCUAUACUAAGAGAGACGUGUUGGAUGGUCUAUACUAAGAGAGACGUGUUGGAUGGUCUAUACUAAGAGAGACGUGUUGGAUGUUCUAUACUAAGAGAGACGCGUUGGAUGCUCUAUACUAAGUGAGACAUGUUGGAUGUCCUAUACUAAGACAGACGUGUUGGAUGUCCUAUACUAAGACAGACGUGUUGGAUGUUCUAUACUAAGAGAGAUGUGUUGGAUGUUCUAUACUAAGAGAGAUGUGUUGGAUGUUCUAUACUAAGACAUACAUGUUGGAAUAUCUAUACUAAGAGAGACACGUUGGAUGUUCUAUCCUAGAUUAGACAGAAAGAGGCUAAGCAAGUCAUAAGAGCCUCCAAAGCACACACAGAAGAGAAAAUAGCACAGUCAGUAAAAAAGGGUGGUAAAACAUUUUUUAGAUACAUAAAUGAGAAAAGUAAAGUAAAACAAGGAUUAGUUAGAUUAAAACAAAAGAAGGAAGGUAUGUAGAAAAGGUCUAGCUGAUUGUCUCAAUGAAUAUUUUUGUUCUGUAUUUACAGAUGAAAAUUAAGGAAAGGGGCCUCAGUUAGGAAAAAGGAUAAAUGAGUCAUUUAUUACACGUGAGUUUAAAGAGGAAGAGGUUCUAUUUCAACUGUCAAAAGUAAAGACAAAUAAGUCAAUGGGACCUGAUGGAAUACACCCAAAGCUAUUAAAAGAGCUUAGUGGUGUACUAGCAAAACCAUUAACAGAUUUAUUUAACCAAUCAUUGUUAACAGGAGUAGUCCCAGAAGAUUGGAAGUUAGCGAAUUUUGUGCCCAUUCACAAGAAAGGUAGUACGGAGGAGUUGGGCAACUAUAGGCCAGUAAGCCUUACUUCAGUAGUGAGGAAAGUAAUGGAAACCAUGUUAAAGGAUAGGAUUGAUGAACAUCUAAAAACACAUGGAUUUCAAAAUCAGAGACAACAUGGGUUUACUUCAUGGAGAUCAUGCUAAACUAAUCUUAUAGAUUUUUUUGAUUGGGUAACUAAAAUAAUAGAUCAGGGUGAUGCAGUAGAUAUUGCUUACCUAGAUUUCAGUAAGGCUUUUGACACUGUUGCACACAGAAGGCUUAUCAAUAAACUGCAAUCUUUAAGUUUGGAUUCCAAUAUUGUUGAAUGGGUUAGGCAGUGGCUGAGUGACAGGCAACAGAGGGUUGUAGUCAAUGGAGUAUAUUCAGAGCAAGUUCUAGUUACCAGUGGGGUACCUCAGGGAUCUGUACUUGGACCCAUUCUCUUUAAUAUUUUUAUUAGUGAUAUUGCAGAAGGUCUUUUUGCUGACGAUACUAAAAUUUGCAACAGGUUUGAUGUUCCAGGAGGGAUAAGCCAAAUGGCAAAUGAUUUAGAAAAAUUAGAAAAAUGGUCAGAGCUGUGGCAACUGACAUUUAAUGUGGAUAAGUACAAGAUAAUGCACCUUGGACGUAAAAACCCAAGGGCAGAGUAUAGGAUAUUUGAUACCCUACUAACCUCAACAUCUGAGGAAAGGGAUGUAGGAGUAAUUAUUUCUGAUGACUUAAAGGUAGGCAGACAAUGUAAUAGAGCAGCAGGAAAUGCUAGCAGAAUGCUUGGUUAUAUAGGGAGAGGUAUUAGCAGUAGAAUGAGGGAAGUGCUCAUGCCAUUGUACAGAACACUGGUGAGACCUCACUUGGAUUAUUGUACACAGUACUGGAGACCGUAUCUUCAGAAGGAUAUUGAUACCUUAGAGUGAGUUCAGAGAAGGGCUACUAAACUGGUUCAUGGAUUGCAGGAUAAAACUUACCAGGAAAUGUUAAAGGAUCUUAACAUGUAUAGCUUGGAGGAAAGACGAGACAGGGGGGAUAUGAUAGAAACAUUUAAAUACAUAAAGGGAAUCAACACAGUAAAGGAGGAGACUAUAUUUAAAGGAAGAAAAACUACCACAACAAGAGGACAUAGUCUUAAAUUAGAGGGACAAAGGUUUAAAAAUAAUAUCAGGAAGUAUUACUUUACUGAGAGGGUAGUGGAUGCAUGGAAUACCUUCCAGCUGAAGUGGUAGAGGUUAACACAGUAAAGGAGUUUAAGCAUGCGUGGGAUAGGCAUAAGGCUAUCCUAACUAUAAGAUAAGGCCAGGGACUAAUGAAAGUAUUUAGAAAAUUGGGCAGACUAGAUGGGCCGAAUGGUUCUUAUCUGCCGUCACAUUCUAUGUUUCUAUGUUAAGAGAGACGUGUUGCGUGUUCUAUACUAAGAGAGACAUGUUGGAUGCUCUAUAGUAAGAGAGACACGUUGGAUUUUCUAUAAUAAGAGAGACACAUUCGAUGUUCUAUAGUGAGAGAUAUGUGUUGGAUAGAGCUGAGCGAAGUCGGACUGUAAAGUUCGGGUUCGUACCAAACAUUACGGUUUUUGGACCCCGGACCCGAACACGGACAUAUCACUGUGUUCGGGUUGGAGUUCAGUAUUCAACAAUUUAAUGGCGCGUUUUGAAAGGCUGCAGAGCAGCCAAUCAACAAACGUUUGACUUGUGUGCCCUUAGAAGCGAUCACAGCCAUGCCUACUAAUGGCAUGGCUGAGAUUGGCCAGUGCAGCAUGUGACCCAGCCUCUAUAUAUAAGCUGGAGUCGCGUAGCGCCGCACGCACAUGAGCUCUUAUUAGUGAUGGGAGAGGAUGCUUCCGCUGAUAGAGACAGAUUAGGAAAUAAUUCUGCAAACUAGUACAUUAGUGGGGUGCACUUCAUAUCCGAGAGUCAAUAGAAGCUUCAAAUACAGCGGUUACAUCUGAGUUUUAAAAAGGCAAUUUUUUUGGUGCUAAAUAGUACAUUAGUGGGGUGUACUUCAUAUCUGACAGUCAAAUAGAAUCGUCAAAUACUGCGGUUACAGCGCAGUUGUAAACAUUUGAAUUGUUUUGCUGCUAAACUGCUAAAUAGUAAAUUUUGGGCGUGCUCUUCAUAUCUGAGAGUCAAAUAGAAGCGUUAAAUACUGCGGUUACAGUGCAGUUGUAAACAUUCUAAUUGUUUUGGUGCUAAACUGCUAAAUAAUACAUUUGGGGCGUGCUCUUCAUAUCUGAGAGUCAAAUAGAAGCGUCACAUACUGUGUUUACAGUGCACUUUGACAAUUUCCCAUUUUAUUUAUCCUAAGAAGUAAAUUUGGGGUGUGCACUUCAUGUCUGACAGUCAAAUAGAACCGUCAAAUACCAAUAUAACAAUAUUGUAAUUCGGGGGCAAUACCCUCACAAGUCAAACUGAGAGGUCAGUUUAUAGGGAAAACUGUUGCAUGGAUACAAUUCUAAAACAAUUUCCAUAUGUCCUUUGCAGAUUUUACAUGCUGGAAAAACACAGAUGCCAACUGCUGUGGCUUUCUGCAGUGUACAGACCGGCAAGGAGGGCAGGGUUGAGGAGUGGGUGGAAGAUGAUGUGGAGGAUGAUGAGGUCCAGACCCCACAUGGAAUCAAGAUCAUGCGAGUGACGUGUGCUGUUUGGAGGAAGAGGCGCUGGACACACAGAGGCACCAGCACAGCAUAAGAGGGAGCAGGGUGCAAAAGCUUUAGAAUUCCCACAGUUAUCCAAGUAACAGAUGGAGCCAUAAAAGGAAUCAUAACAGAUUUAAUGAGCCAUUCGCAGUUUCGCAGUCCAGUGAGUGAACCCAGACACUGUCUGGGCGGCGGUCGGACGACCGGGACCCAGUAUGCCUGAUGUUGAAGUAAGGAGUCAGAGUGAGGAAUGGAUUAGCAGGGUCUGGUGCAGGGUAACCGCACGCCCCCUGGUGUUGAGCAGCAGGGUUUGUGCGGCCACAUACCAGGACCCUGAUGCAGCUUCAGUAAAAAGAGUACUGGAUACCAGAAGCCAUCACCAGACUGAUCCGCAACUUGGAACAGGAGGCGACAUUCACUGUAGCGGCUGUGUGCGCCUUCGGUGUUCUCACCCUGCUGCUGCUCGCCUGUCUGCGCUGCAGCGUCACUUUGGCCUUCCCGCUCAUCGCUUCAUAUGCAACGUGCCCAUAAGGUGGAACUCCACCUUGCACAUGCUGGAGAGACUGUGCAAGCAGCAGCAGGCGAAAGUGGAGUUUCAGCUGCAGCACGCACAGGUCAGUCGCUCUUCACAAGACUUGCCCUCCAAUUGAUCAGAGUUAAAGGAUUUCAAGUGGACUCAUUACAAUUGUAGAGCCUCUAAAGAGUCCUUUAUUGUUAUUUGUCGUCACUACCAUCGGAAGUGGGUCAUUUGCGUGCCCGCUACCUUCCUUGCAUGUGGUAGCCGUUUCUCAGGCUCCCUCUCCGGAAUCAAACCCUGAUUCCCCAUUACCCGUGGUCACCAUUGUAGUCACAUUAAAUGGCAUCGAAAGUUGAUAUGGAUGACAUACGAAUGCGUUGUCGCCUUGUCGUUGGGGAGCCUAUUGAAAAAGUGCUCUAUCAUGAUGAGCUGGGUGAUCUCCUCCGGGAACUUGGCUUGAUGGGAGUUGAGCCAGUUCUGGAUGGCCCUUGUGAUGCGGCAUUCCCACUCCGCAUGGGAGUCCUUCUCCCCUUUCCGUGUCUCCCUAAACUUUUGGCGGUAUUGCUCGGGGGUGACCGCAUACCGGGCCAGGAGGAUUUGUGUAAUAAAGGGAUAGUCUCUGGUCUGCUCUUCUGGUACAGCCCGGUAAAUAUCUGCUGCCUUCCCCACCAAUUUGCUGGCCUGGAUGGUGACCCAGUCUUGGAGUAGGAACUGGCGCUCAAAGUCUUGUAAAAAGUCAUUGAUGCCUUCUUCUGCUUCCUUGAAGUCUUUGAAGGCAUUGUAUGGUAGCUUGUGGGCCAGGGUGCUUGUGCUUCCUGGUGCCCUCUGCUCCCUUCUUCCUUCAUCUGGGUUCAUGGAGGUCGACCUCUGUCUAUUGGCAAGGACAUAGGCUUGCACCUCUAAAAAGGUCCUGCUGACAAUCUCCUCUGAGGGUGGCUCUCGGUAAUAUGCCAGGCGCCGUUCCACCUCCUUGCGCACUUCCUCCUCAUCUCCGGCCCCUGGCUGGGGUUUGUUACCUCACUGCGUGCCUGGUUUUCCUCCAUGAGCACAGCAGUCAAUUCGGCCUUGUUAUGCCCACCAGGGAUUAUUCCCCUGGCUCCACACAAGUCCUGCAGUGUAGGUCACUUUAGAGCACUGUAGUCCAUGGGUCUGUUGGCAGGGACAUGGGAUCCCGCCGCUUGCCACCAAUUGAAGCGGGACUUGGGUAACCGAUGGUUAUCACCUUUGAUUAGAAUAGGUCAGACCCAUUUCCCCAGUAACCGGAUGUGACACAGUUCCAGGAUACAACGUUUGACAAUCUUUAUUUGGGUACACAGCUUUGCUUCCUGUUGCCUCCUCCUAUUCAGAUUAUUUCUCCUCCUCCUCUACCACCUCCUCAUCCGGUCAGUGAAACACCUUCACCACCAACUUCAGCACAGCCAGGGGAAAACGACAGUAGGCUGUUUUAAAACUCAUAUGUUUGGGUGAAACACCCCAUGUAGCGGAGAUACAAUAUUCCACAGAUUAUCUCCGCUUAAAAUCCCAGUGAGGCUCAGGAACAAGUGAUUAUAAAUCCACAAAGCAAGGUUUCCAGCAGGUAAAAUAAUCCAACAGUAUCCCAACAGCAAUCCCAAUAACUGGACGACACACAGCAUCAGGAGCAGAACUGAAAACCUUUAUUUCACAGUGGCCUUAUAAAGCAUGCUCCCAUGCAAGGGAGGGAUUUUCAUCAAUUAUUACAGUACCCAAUCAGGCAAUAGUAACCUCCCACCCAUCUCCUCCCCUCAGCCUGACUCAUAAUCCCCUUAUACUGUACACAAAUUCCCCCAGUUUCUGGAUGUACCCCUAAACCUAGGGGUACCCCCUUAAAUGGCACAUCCCCUGGAAGCUCUGAUUUGGGUGAGCAACAUAUCCAAAAAUCACCCAGAUCGGACCAGGGGUUCGGGAAAUUUAUGGAAGUACUAAAAAGACCGACCGCGCUGGAGAGAACAGCCGAAUUGGGUUCCAUGUGAUGGGCCCCUGCGGUCGGUCCUAGUAUAAGGGAAUAGAUUACACGAAAGGCUAAGGCUACAGAGAUCAGGUAGGGUUCGCCUGAAUCCCCUCGUUCGGUUGUUUCUGUCUACCGAACGAGGGGCCGUUCGGUAGUUUAGAACCGAAUGGACUGGGCUUGUGGAGGUCUCAGCGGUGUUCGCCUAGUCGAGUGUCCAAUUUGGGUUCCAGACACGCGACGGCAAAACACCGCUGUUCGGGAGUUUUAAAAUGGCCGCCACCACGUGUUCGUUUCCCGAAUGGCGGCCACCCCAAGAACAAAGGACCUACUGCAUAGCUUGUUAAUUACCCAUUCGCAACAUUGUUGUAACGUGUAAUUGAAGGCACACUUCACACAGGGGAGGUCUGAUUGUUCGGUAGUUUCAUUCCCUUAGUUUAUUCGAAUGAUUCUACCAAACAAUCAGACGAAUACACUUUAUUUAAACACAUACAAAACCAUCAGUUUACCCGAAUGCAGUUAUACACAUGUAAUUUUCAGGACAGCCCAGUGCCAUCCGCUACACCCCACACCGCGCAGGAGCUGUAGACAGGCAUGGAACAACCGACCAAUGAGUGGUCGUUGCCCCUGAGCCUCAAGCCCGGCCAAGUGGUGUGCGAUAAUGGGCGAAAUCUUGUAGCAGCUCUGGUUCUCACAGGUUUGCCGUACAUUCCUUGCCUGGCGCUUGAGCUGCUGCAGAAAGUGCGGGCCGUCUGUGCACUCUUUUGGCGUUCUCACCCUGCUGCUGCUCGCCUGUCUGUGCUGCAGCAUAACUUCGGCCUUACUGCUCACCGCCAGGAGUUGUGCGGCAGGUGGGGGCCCUAAAAAUAACAAAAGGGGGGGACCUACUUCCCCCCCAGCCCCCACCCCUGAGCAGUGACUGGGGGCCCAAAUAACAAUAAGGGGGGGACCUAUUGUCCCCCCCGGCCCCCACCCCUGAGCGGUGGGUGGGGGCCCUAAAAUUAACAAUAAGGGGGGACCUACUGUCCCCCCCGGCCCCCACCCCUGAGUGGUGGGUCGGGGCCCUAAAAUUAACAAUAAGGGGGGGACCUAUUGUGUGGGGGCCCAAAAAUUAACAACCUAUUGUCCCCCCCUGGCCCCCACCCCUGAGCGGUGGGUGGGGGCCCCAAAAUUAACAAACAAUUGUCCCCCCCUGGCCCCCACCCCUGAGCGGUGGGUGGGGGCCUAAAAUUAACAAUAAGGGGGGGACCUAUUGUCCCCCCCGGCCCCCACCCCUGAGCGGUGGGUGGGGGCCCUAAAUACAAAGGGAGGGGGACCCUAGUCACCCCUCCCCCCAAAAAAAAAUAUUAGCUCCCUACCUACCCCCCUCACCCUAAAAAUAAUGAGGGGGGUACCUUUAACUAAAAACCUGUUAAAAAAAAAUUAGAUAAAAAUAACUUACCAUUUGAUGUUUUCUUUCUUCUACAAUCUUCUUUUUUCAGACCCAAAAAAGGCCAAAUAAAAAGCCAUAAGAACCGACGCAAUUAAAAAAAAACAAAAAGAAAAACGAGCACACAAAAAAAUAAUCCAUCUUCACCCAUGGAGGGCUCCGCCAAUCAGAAUGUUCUUAGCCUAAUUGCAGGGCGUGGCCAGGCUUUAUAAGCCUUCCCCCGCCCUGCAGAUCUCAGUCUGCAGUCUGCGCGGAGCCCUCCAUGGGUGAAGAUGGAUUAUUUUUUUGUGCCUCUAAUGCGUUGGUCCUAAUCUUUCCUGGUAAGUUUUAUCCCGCAAUCCAUGAACCAGUUUAGUAGCCCUUCUCUGAACCCUCUCUAAGGUAUCAAUAUCUGAAGAUACGGUCUCCAGUUCUGUGUACAAUACUCCAAGUGAGGUCUCACCAGUGUUCUGUACAAUGGCAUGAGCACUUCCCUCUUUCUACUGCUAAUACCUCUCCCUAUACAACCAAGCAUUCUGCUAGCAUUUCCUGCUGCUCUAUUACAUUGUCUGCCUACCUUUAAGUCAUCAGAAAUAAUCACCCCUAAAUCCCUUUCCUCAGAUGUUGAGGUUAGGACUCUAUCAAAUAUUCUGUAUGCUGCCCUUGGGUUUUUACGUCCAAGAUGCAUUAUCUUGCACUUAUCCACAUUAAAUGUCAGUUGCCACAACGCUGACCAUUUUUCUAGUUUACCUAAAUCAUUAGUCAUUUGGCUUAUACCUCCUGGAACAUCAACCCUGUUACAUAUCUUAGUAUCAUCAGCAAAAAGACAUACCUUACCAUCAAGACCUUCUGCAAUAUCACUAAUAAAAAUAUUAAAGAGAAUGGGUCCAAGUACAGAUCCCUGAGGUACCCCACUGGUGACAAGUCCAAACUUCGAAUAUAUUCCAUUAACUACAACCCUCUGUUGCCUGUUACUCAGCCACUGCCUUACCCAUUCAACAAUAUUUGAAUCCAAACUUAAAGAUUGCAGUUUAUUGAUAAGCCUUCUAUGUGCAACAGUGUCAAAAGCCUUACUGAAAAGACACACAGAACGUCACCGGCCUGCAUUAUACUUAUCCCCAUACAUAUUGUUCUGCACCAUAUAUACACAGCUACAGUAACACAUUGUGACAUCCAACCAAUUUAUCAUUUGCAAAGCUGCUAAAGAGAAACUCUAUUAUUAUAGGUUUUUUUGCUGAUAUUUUUUCAUUUUUCUAUUUUUUUUAUACACAUAAGGGAAAUACAAGAUAUAUGUUCUUGUCUGAUCAGACUAUCAACGGCUAUUCCAGCAUGAAUUAUUAAUCAAUUAUUGGUGGAUCCACCGGACUGUAUAUAUUUUCUAUUAUCACUUAUCAAGUUAUAUCUAUUAGGUGUAUAUAGGAUUAGUUGUAUAUAAUUGUGUGUAUAUAUAUAUAUAAAUUAUUGUAUGGUGAAUGAAUAGAGUUGAGCGGACACCUGGAUGUUCUGGUCCGGCGGGUUCGGCCCGAACUUUGAAAAAAAGUCCGGGUUCGGGCUCGAACUUGAACCCCAACCCCAACCCCAUUGAAGUCAAUGGGGACCCGAACUUUUGGCCACAAAAAUGGCUCUAAAAAACUCCUGGAAAGGGCUAUAGGGCUGCAAAAAGAAGUAAAAUGGGGGUAAGAGUAGGACAAGUGCUAUGCAAACAAAUGUGGAUAGGGAAAUCACUUAAAAAUAACAUAAAAUAAGCCGCCGCUUAGUAGAUAACUCUCUAAUUCCCACAGUAUUUGGGAGCUAUCUACCAAAAGGCUGAAAUACCUAAAUUGGUCACCUAAAUUGGUCUUUCAGCCACAUUUACUAAUACUAGGUAAAUAUUACUUAGUAUUAGUAAAUUCAGCCCCUACUCGCUAUACCGCAAGUAGGGGUGUGCCUAGUAAACAGUGAGCAGCCAGUGGCUGCUCACUGUAAAAAAAAAAAAAAAACCUAUUGCCCCCACCCCUGUGCAACAGGUGGAGGCCCUGAAUAACAACAAGGGGGGGACCUACUGUCCUCCCCCCGGUCCCCACCCCUAAGCGGUGGGUGGGGGCCAUAAAUAAAAAAUGUGGAGGGGGACCUAAUGUCCUUCCCCCUGGCACCAACCCCUGAGUGAUGGGUGGGGGCCAUAAAUAACAAUAUGGGGGGGAUAUAAUGUCCUCCCCCUGGACCCACCACUGCGCGGCGAGUGGGGGCCUUAAAUAACAAUAAGGGCCCCCACCCUAAGGUCCUCCCCAAACCUCUAGUCACCCCCCUCCCAAAAAAACAAAACAAACCCCUACCUACCCCCUUUAUAAUAUAUGGGGGGGCAUUAAAUAAGUAACUGUUAAAAAAGGUAAAAUAAAACUUACCAUUUGAUGUCUUCUUUCUUCUAAAAUCUUCUUUUUUCAGCCCCAAAAAAGGACAAAUCAAAAUCCAUAAUAACCGACGCACUUAAAAAAAAAAUUAAAAAAUCCUUCUUCACCCAUGGAGGGCUCUGCGCAGACUGAGCUCUGCAGGUCAGUGGAAGGCUUAUAAAGCCUUGCCCCGCCCUGCAAUUAGGCUCAGAGAACUCUAAUUGGUGGGUUUAUAAAAAUUGACGGGAGGGGGAGAAAUUGACAGGAAGGGAGGAAGAAAUUGACAGGAAGAGGGGGAGAGAGAAAUUGACAGGAAGAGGGGGAGAGAGAAAUUGACAGGGAGGGAGAAAGAAAUUGACAGGAGGGAGAAAUUGACUGGGAGGGGAGAGAAAGAAAUUGACAGGGAGGGGAAUUGAUGGGGGAGGGGGAAUGAGAGUGGGGAGGGGAGGGGUGAGAAGAGAGUGAAAACAGGGGGAGAAGAGAGUGACAAGGGGGGAGAAGGAAGUGACAAGGGAGGGAGAGGGGGGAGAAGAGAGUGACAAGGGAGGGGGGGAGAUUGACAUCCAUCACACAUACACACAAUCACACACACAAUCACACACAAUGCACCCCUUACACACAAAGACAAUGCACCCCUUGCACACAGAAAAACACACAAUGCAUUACACACACAGACACACACACACACGCAAUGCAACCCUUACACACAAUGCAUCCCUUACACAUACAAACACAGGUUCACACAAUGCAUUACGCACAUAUCAGGACAUAUCACAUAUCAGGACAUUCCCUACACAUUCCACCCCCUUGUGAACAAUCUCAUUGGUGGAACAUGAAGGUGGACCCUGGGGCCCAGACCUUGAGCUGUGUAAAGGGCCCCCAAAAAUGGAGCCACAGUUGUGACCACAGUUACAAACCGCCUCCAUGUGUGCAGGUAGUGGUUAACGUGUGGUGCCCCUUAUGAUAACCAAACCGCUCCACCCACCCCGCCCCCGCCUUUCCCCAUUCCCAAUUAAAACAGAGACAUAAAUGUGGUAUAAAACAGGCCACAGCUUUAUUUAUAUAUAUAAUAAGUAAAACCAAUUCAAAUUAUAUUUAAUAUGAGGGUAUAUAUUUAACUCAAAACCCGUCCUUGCCAACCGAACCAUAAUAACCUUUUGAGUACCUCUUUCCCGGGCACCUGCCCUCCCCCCUCGUCCAAGCUAAUUGGCCUUCACCUUGGCCCUCCAAUUCCCCAUGCCAACCCCUGGCCGCUUUUCCUGGCACGGAGGGCACGCCCAAAUACCAAACCAUUGCCCGAGGUUAGGGGAGGGACCAGACCCAGCAUUCCUUCGUCCAAUGCAUUCCUUUUUCCACUGGUUCGGCAAGGACCAUACCCGCCACUAGCGCCAGCUGCAUUUAAGCCUAAAUCAGCAGGCGCGACCCCCCACCAAUGCCAUGGCCUGUUCCAGCGCAUCCUGCAGAGCUAGGUUGAAGAAAUCCAACCCCACAUCGGUCAGGUGGACCCCGUCUGGGCGAAAAUAUAUCGCCGCGUCACGUUCAAAUAUUCGGUGGCGCACUGAAAUGCCACCAACGCCGAGCACAAAUUUUGACACUCUUUUAUUAAUUUUCACCCUGCAUCGCUCAAUAGCCCCUUGAUCGCGCGCGCGCCCCCAAUAGUUCCUGGACACUAUCCCAGACCAAACUAGACAAAGCUGCGGGAACAAAACUCGCAAGCGCGCUAAAUCCCUUCUAAUCAUUUCACCCAAACCCCAUGCAGGCAGCACCCCCAGAUCAUUGCCACCCAAAUGAACCACCAAUACAUCAGGCGCCCCCAGGAAAGUGGCCAGCUGUACAACCUCCGGCAAGAGCUGGCCCCAUCUCAUGCCCCGGAAACCAAACCAUCGGACCUCCGCCAGCUCCCGAGGAAUUCCAAGGCGUGUCCCACCCGGGCGUACCCCAGCCCGCAGGUGGGCCCAAUAGAUGUACGAAUGCCCAAUCAGCCAGAUCCUACGGCCGGGCCCUGUGGAGAAAGCACAAGGGGAGAACCGAUUAGCCGCGUGGGCCGUACAUAGGACCGAAACCUCCCAGAUUCCCAUCUGCCAAUCCUCUGAAUAGCCUGAUCAGAGAAACCCAACCGAGAGGCUUCGGUUGCGGCCCCAAUGCGGAAGGAAUGACCCCCAAAAUCCUUGCUCGGGAUUCCCAGCCGAUCAAGGGCCAGGCGAAAUACCCUGAGAAAUUGAAAACGAGAUAAGUAGGCACCAUUUUCAUGAAUUAACAGCGGGCCAGAGAAACCUGGACGCCCGGAACUGUAAGAUAGGUAUGCCGAGACGGGGCAAACUGCCGAAUCCGGAAUGGCACGAAGGGUAACCCACUUACCCCUGCCAAAAACGUCGGUCUUGGACCGGCGCAACAAUAAUUGCACCGUAGAACCCGUGACAAACACGUCCUGAAAUAACAGCCCCCCAGGGGUUCCCCUGCUAGGGCUCACCAGUUCUCCGACCCGAAGAGCCCCAAAAAAGGCGAAAGUAAACGCCACCAAAAACAAUCUAGCCUCCGGAGCCGAAAAACAGACCUGGGGGAGAACCGAGGCGAUCCCUAAUAGUAGCGCGCCCGAAACCGGCCUCCGAGUAUCCCGCACCAUCGGCCUUUCCGCCAACCGCGCAUCGCAAGCCUCACCAUGCAGUGUUUUGUCACAUCGGGUACCUGGGUUAAGUUGAACCAGAAACUAAGGCCUGAUAGCUUCCCUGAAACCGUAGCUGGGGAACACCCGCUAGCCACCCAGAACCAGAGCAACCGUAACAGACCCUGGACCCUCUCGGCAGAGGAGCCGAACCCACCGCAAUCCUGUUCCAGUGCGACCCAAUCCCCCCACGCCUUACCAUACCGGACCCAUGUUGCCUCCGACACCGACGACCGUAUCCACUCCCUUAUUCGUUCAGGCCAAGGGACCAGAGUUCCGCGGGACAGGGGAGACCUUCCAGAUCCGCUUCCGGAGCAGCCGAUCGAAAUACCUGCCAUUGGAAACGAGAGAGAGCGUCAGCUGUGGUAUUCACAACACCUGGAAUGUGCACAGCGCGGCAUGACACGUUCAAUGACAAGCAUCGUAAAACCAGACGCCGCAAGAGCCUGACCACCGGAGGGGAGGAGGCCGUUAGAUUAUUAAUGGCCUGCACCACCCCCAAGUUAUCGCAAUGGAAGACGACGCGCCGGUCCCUGAACUCCUUUCCCCACAAAUGAACUGCCACCACGAUGGGGAAGAGCUCAAGGAGGGCCAUAUUUUUGGUAAGGCCAGCAGCAACCCAAGCCUCAGGCCAAGGUUCCGCGCACCAUUGCGUCCCUAAGAUAGCCCCAAAUCCUGAUGCUCCUGCCACAUCAGUGAACAGGUGUAGCACAGAAUUCGACACCUCUGGUUGUUGCCAAUAGGACCUGCCAUUGUACCCAUCUAAGAAAACCAUCCAUAAUGCCAAGUCCUCCUUGAGCACUUUGGUUAAGCGGAUGAAAUGGAAUGAUUUUACAAUUCCUGCCAUGGCGGCCGCUAGGCGCCGGUUAAACACUCGUCCCAUAGGCAUAAUCCGACAGGCAAAAUUCAACUUGCCAAGGAGGGAUUGAAGCCGUUGUAAAGUAAUCUUCCGGAGGGAGCUCGCCUCCCGCACAGCCCCCCGCAGAUCCUCCAAUUUGUCCGGCGGGAGCCGACAUUCCCCAAUAACCGAAUCGAUCUCAAUUCCAAGAAAACACAAGCACGGGGAAGGGCCCACCGUUUUGUCGGGCGCCAGAGGCACGCCGAACCCACAGGCCACGUCGGCUACCGAUUGCAAAAUGUGUGCGCAUAUCGGGGAGUUCGCGGGACCCACACAAAGAAAAUCAUCCAAAUAGUGAAGCACUGAGUCAUAACCAGACUCGGCUCUCACUACCCACUCCAUGAAGGAGCUAAAACAUUCAAAAUAAAAGCAGGAUAUUGCACAACCCAUCGGGAGGCACAUAUCCACGUAAAAUUGCCCUUCAAAGGAACAGCCGAGCAGAUGAUGACACUCCGGGUGAACCGGCAGGAGGCGAAAAGCCGACUCAAUGUCGGUUUUUGCCAUCAGUGCACCGGGGCCCGCGGCCCUAACCAUACCAACCGCAGUAUCAAACGAGGCGUAUGAAACCCGGCAUAGCUCCGCCGCAAUGUCAUCAUUCACGGAACCCCCUUGGGGUGCGAGAGAUGAUGAAUUAGCCGAAAUUUUCCGUGCUCUCUCUUGGGAACGACGCCUAGCGGCGAUACCCGAAGGUCAGGAAGGGGGGGUUCACAAAAAGGGCCAGCCAUGCGGCCCAAUGCCACUUCCUUAGCCAGCUUGUCUUUUACCACCCCCGGGUGUUCAGCAACGGAACGCAGGUUCCGACACGACCCUGAGGGCGAACGAGUCCGAUGGGGAAUCCAAAAACCAUGUGUAAACCCUUCCAGGAGCAAGGCAGCCGCCUUUUUGUUCCUAUAACGUUUUAGCCACGGACGCAUCGCGACGACGUCCACCGGCGUCUUCGCUCUUAGCGCCCAUGGCAUCCCCUUUUUCGCCAAACUUACCCCGUUUAAAACACUUAGAAGCGGGGUGGGACCCGCCGCAACCGGAGCAUUCGUGCUUGAAGCGACAAUUUGCUCCAAAUUUACACUGGCCGUCGUUAAAUUGCCAACAGCAACCUGUUCUAUGCUGAGUGGCCGACGCGGAGGGUGAGGACCCUGCGCCGGCCCCCCCAAGAAAGGACGACAGGCCCCCCUGAUGCGAAGCGGGACGGGUCAUGAUGGCCAACCACAAGCCGAUAUCCAUUUGAUCCCAACUCAGGGAAGGGCGCACCGCUAAGCGCUGGCGGAAUUGUUCAUCAUACCGCCACCAGCCUAACCCUCCAUAAACCCGACACGCGUUCCAGAUCAUAUCCUGGUAGCAAAAUAGAGAAGAGCAUUUGUUGGGAGUCUUUUCCCCUAUAACGCUAGCCAGGAUAGAAAAGGCCCUGAUCCAAUUCCCAAAAGUUUUUGGUAUCUUCCGAUACCGAAACUUUUCUUUCUCCUUUUCAGACUCCUUUGCUGCAGGAUCAACCCGAGGCAAGUCCUCCAUAGGGAGAAGAGAAAAAAUUUCCACAAAUUCCCCUUUCUCUAUCUUGGCCCGCAAUUCAGCUGUCAAAUGGAGGCCCAGGGGGCCUGACCAACACAUGUAAGCCGCCCCGUGCGCAGCGGGUGCGACCCCCAAGUCCUGAACCGCAGUGGGGGUCACUGUUGAUCCCACGGUGCUUCCGAGCUCACCUGCGGCAGGCAAAGAUUCAAGGAGGGCAGUAGGCCCCCCUGAGACAGCCGAAGUAGAAGGCAGGACACCUGACCCUCCGCUAGUCGCCCAACCCGUUCUAAGUUGGUUAUCUAAAGUCGAGGUGAGGGGAGACCCAAGGGGGGGGGCCCUUUUCCAAGGAAUGUAAAACCUGUUGCAUAGUUUGCAGCAACGAAUCCCAUUCUGGGAUAACUGUGCUAACACACCCCGACCCCAAACCUUGUAAACUAGUAUACUCACUGGCAGGAACCGAAUGUGAAGCCAUCUGUGGAGCCAGGCCGCUAGACUGUGGUGGCCCAGCUGGAACAGCGACUGCAGGAGGAUCUGCACCAGUCGCAACGUCAGCAAAACGAACCGAGAGCCUACCAGGAGUAAUCUGCGAAGACAACACAGGUGAGAUGGACCCCAGCCCACCCACCCCAGUAGAAAGGAAACCGGUAGAGGAGGGCCCUGUGGGGGAACAAUGGGCCCCCUGUGUAAGAGUGGCAGGAUGAAUGGGGGGCAAAGUGGUAUGAAGUGGGCCAGGGGGGGCAAGCUGGGCACCAGCCAUGAGUGGGCCAGCAGGCAAGGCAGGGAAAUUGAGAGGGGCAGGCCCAGGAGACCCUGUAAGGGCCCCAGCCAUGAUGGGGGCAGCUGAGGAGGAAGGGAGAAGUGGAGGGGCAGAGUGCAACACAGUUGCCACAGGGACAGAUCCAGCAGACAGUGGAGCAGGCGCAGGGACAGGAGCAGCUCCAGGGGAGACAGAGUGGGGAGGGAGAGCAGGGGGAGGGCUGAGAGGUAAGUUAGGGGAAGCAUACUCCCUGCGCCGUGCCCCAGAACCCCCACCCCCCUGGAGACAGCCCUGCCGACCAGCGGCCUACUCACCCGACCAGAGAGGGCCACCCGCCCUUGCACCGCCGUUGAUCCCGCCAAGGCCGACCGGGUGGUUAGUGCCCGCUGUGCGGUGAGGUGCUGCGUUCUCGCGGCCGACCUCCGCCGAGCCCACGAGACCGGGGGGGGGUGGUAGCCGCGAUGCGGCAUGACCGGCAUCCAUCUGGCGUGUUGAAACGCGAGAGGAGGUGCCGCCCGCGGCCGCGGAGGAACUGGCGCGCGGGCCGGCAACAGGGCUCCUACUCCUCUCCCUCACCCGACCCUCCCGUGAGGGGCUAUACCGGGCAGGGGGACGUGCGCGACGGCGCUGGUUCCCAUGGCCGCCAUUAGAGGGAGCAGCCACAAGAUCAGCACCCUGGUUCCCAGGGCUGCCAUUAGAGGGAGCAGCCACACUAAGAGCACCCUGCAGGCGUACUAGCUGUGACUGCAGGUGCCGUCCACCAUCUUGAAGGGCCUCAGCCCGGAGGGCAGCGAGGAUUGCAUCAAUAUCCAUACCCUUGGCCGUUUGACAAGCAGUGGUAAGCACAGGAGGAUGCAGAGAUGUUACCACGCCAUUAAAUCUAAGAUGGCUGAGGUAAGGGAGACAAAAUGACUGGUAUAUAAAGGACCACACCCAUCCCUUACUCUAAUUGACACACCCACUUAUGACACCUACACCCACCACACCCACACAUGCCUCCUAUCCGGCUAGCUUUCAGCCCGCCUCCUCUGGGCCUGAGAGCCUGUUGUACACCAGACCAGUGGAGCCAAACUGCAGCUAGAGCCCAUCAUCAUCCUCAUCUGCUUGUAAGUAGGCAAUCUAGCAUAUUAUUCGUGGCACUAAGCUCUAAUUUACCUCACAUUAAAGGGACACUAUAGUCCCCAGAACCACUUCAGCUUAAUGUAGCUUAAUUCUGGUGUCCCUGCAGGCCUUUGAAUGUAAACACGGCGGCACUGCAGCGUUAGUUAACAUGGCAAAUCUUAUGGGUGGGGCAUUGUGAUGUCACAUGGGGGGGGGCGGCAAACUUUAGUUUUGCCUAGGGCGGCAAAAAUCCUUGCACCGGCCCUGGAUGGGGGCCAGGGAGGAGGACAUUAGGUCCCCACCCUUAUUGUUAUUUAGGGCCCCCACCCUCCACGCAGGGGUGAGGGCCGGGGAGGAGGACAUUAUGUACCCCCCCAAUAUUUAUUUAUUGCCCCCACCUACCGCUCAGGGGUGGGGGCCAGAGGGGGACAAUAGGUCCCCCUCCCUUAUUGGUAUUUAGGGCCCCCACCCACCGCUCGGGGUGAGGGCCGGGGGGGGCAGUAGGCCCCACUUUAGUUUAAAAGCCUUCACUCGCUGGUCGUGGGUGGGGACUCAGGAGGGGGGAAUGUUUUUUGUUUUUUUUAACAGUGAACAACCACAAUCACAGAAUCACAGCCAUGCCAUUAGUAGGCAUGGCUGUGAUGGCUUCCGGGGUCCAAAAACCUAAUGUUCGGUGCGAACCCGAAAACCCUUUAGCCUGUGAGCAAGGACUUACUAGGAUAUAAUAAUGAAAUAGCCAUUGUAUUUCCUAAAGAUAAUCUCCUUAUUGAUGUCAAAGGAUGCUACACGGAAGCAAAGCAGUGAGAAUACGCAAAGAACCACUGUCUGAUCUCUGAUACAAUUUGAUACAAAUGUCAGCCAGGCCAGCAGACAUAAGACUGGGCUAACAUACUGGCUUUCUCGUGCUUGCCUGUUCUUAAACACAAUUUUAUGUUUUUUUGGAUAAACUUUUCAAAGAUUUUAAUAUUUUUGUUUAAUUUUUUUAAAAUGAUUUAAUAGUUUUAUAAAUAUAUUUUAAUAUUUUUUGGUAUAUUGAUAAAUGAUAUAUAUUUGAUAUUUUAAGAUUUUACAAGUUUAACCAAAAAUAUGAAAUUAUUUUAACAUAUUAAAAGGAAGCCAAACAGAGUAAGAGAAACAUGGAACUCAUUCCUAUCUGGACCCCAACAUGCCCGAGGGAUUACUAACUAUACCCAUGGCAGACGUCAUCUAUGAUGUAAAUGCUUUAAACCUUCCUCUGGACUGUAUCAGCAAGUGUUUAUUUAAAGUGCUAAUUAAUAGCUCUCUAAUUAAUCUGUUUUCAUUCCAUGAAUACUUAUUAUAGUAAUAAUUGAAUCAUUAUAUGUGUGUCAUCAUGAUAGCAGGCAUACUAUGCACAUAAUAAAGAAAUCGAAAAGAUUUAGCAGAGAUAAAAGCAUAUGUCCCAAGUGUCCCAAAUGCAGCAGAACAGUCCCAAUGUGUGUUCCAUGUAACUCUGUCAUAAGUCAUUUUACUAGUGUGUCAGUUCUUUACUAGUGUGUCAGAAAUAUUAAGAGGCUAUUCAGCACUACUUUUUUAUGCAUUGUUUAAUUUUUAGUUAGCUAACAUGCCUUAGAGGCCGAAUAGGGCAUCAGUGGAGUACGAUAAAAUGAUGUACAAUCAAUACAGGAGAAAACAGUUACAACUGCAUAGGUUAUAGUCCAUUGUACACAGGAUGUUACAGAGUAAAGCAUAUGUGAAAUACAAUAAUAUACACACUACAAAGGUUUAUAGAUUUACGAACAAAUAAUAAAAAAAAAGAAGAAUGGUUAGGGAAAUACAUCCAACUUCAUCGCCAUAUUUUAUUUUAACAGAAUUGGUGAUUUAUUAGAAUAUAUAAUCUGUAUAAUAUUGUCUGUUCAUCAUUCUAUAACCACCUUAUUCAAUCUUGUGAGCCUUCAUAUGGGAGAGAAAACAUCACAAAACGAUGAAUAAAUAUAGGUAAUAUAUUAACGGGGUUAUUCACUACGCCGGAUAUUAGACAAAUCGACGGUUGGACAAUAUUCGGAAAAAACAACUAAACUCCUACUGCAAUGGUAAUUCUCAUCUUUACUAAAAACAAAUUCAGAAGGACGGAACAAAUGAUAGGAUUUAGAAAAUUCAUGAGGCACGAUACACAUUCGCAAAUUUUAAAUAAUAUUUAUACAGCGGGCAAAUAGUUCAAUAACCCUUGGCAAUGCCAGGCUUAAUGAUGUGCCCGCUAGCCAGCACUUGUUUGCAAGUCGCCACAUUAAAUAGUUAAAGAAAUAACAUUAAAAAAAUAAAACUAAACUAUGGUGGUCAAUAAGACCCCCAUAUUACGAUAAGGAAAGUAUUUCACCUCCCCGUGGCCCCACCAGGGGAAUGUCUACUAAACUUGUAAGCCUAGAGACUGGGUUCAUUGCUGCCCAUUCACCAAAAUGCCUGUUCCCAUGGGGCCGGGGCCUGUUUAAAUAAUUAGGGAUUUAUAGUUCCCCAUGCCCCUCCCCUGGCUUGUAGGUGGGGAUAUAUAAUAAAAUAAACUGGAGGGCAUCCCAGUGUGAGGGAGGAAGAAUGAGUGUACCCUCCAUCACCCACCCAUUUUCAGUCGGUGGGGCCUCCGUAAUAUAAUAUUCAGGGGGCAGGACCUAGUUAAACCCAACCCACCCAUGGGUGGUGGCCAUAAGUAAUUAAACAAUGUGGUAGACAUGCGGUUGUUCUUCCUCCCACCACCAUCCUGGGUGGCUAGGGGUCCCUAAUCCUGUAGCCACACCACCAUUAAAAAUAAAAAUUCUACUUACUCAUCUGAUGUGUUUUAUUUUUCAAUUCUUCGUAUCUUCAUCAACAAAAGAGGCAACAGUUAAACUCCAUUUAAACUGACGCCACUAAUUAAAAUAAAAUAAAGAAACAAAAUAAUAUAAAUCAGUCAUUUGUUAAGCCCGUCCCCUCAUUACUUAUUUUAACGCUCAUCCCCUUUCUAGUCAUUGGCUAUCCAGUCACUGAGUUUAUAACUUAAAUAAAUUAAUAUCGGGGUCUUUGUGAGCUCUGUAGCUGCAUUUACCACCAUAUUAUAUAAAUAUAGAUAUUUCACCUGCUCCUUCUCUUUCUUACUCUGUUGAUUUCUGUUUCUCAUUAGACCUGUGUGUGACGAAGUGCCCUUCGCCACUUGGUCCUGGAGAGGCCUACUUGCCAGCCUCCUCCCCUGUGACUAUGACUCUUUCAUGUAUCUGGCUUUAAAGCCCCUAGUCUACCUUCAGACAGACUAUUUAUGUGGGCUGCUUUAUUUAUCUUAUGUUUUAGUCACCCUGUACCCAUUAUAGGUGCAGGGUGUGUGUAAUGUAAUUGUUUAUAGUGUGUGUGUUCUGUGUAAUGUAUUGCCUGCUCUCUUGUAUUGCUGAGGUUUGCUACCAACUAGGUGGGUUUAGCUAUGGAGCUGGUCUAGUGCCCUCUGUUGGUAGCAACAGCAAUAUGCACUACCUGAAUUGCAAGACUGGUUCAUUUGCAUAUUCGGGUAGAUUUGCAUAUUGCUAAUUCUGCAGGCAGGUGAGAUAUUUACUGUUAAAUAUUGUCUCCCCCCACCCCUUUAAAAAUGUGCCAUUGUGUUGUGAUAAGUCACUGUGUGUUGCUUAAUAUGGUUUGACUGUUUGUGAUUUUAUUGAGGUUUCACAACAAUGUUAUUGUGGUGACCCUAUUGGCUGGUCCCAAGGGAAAUAAAGGUUUUGACAGUUCUUCUUGAUCCCUCUAAACGUAGCCUUGUCUCGUUAUUGGAGGGAGCUGUUAUAAUCACACUGGGGAUUGCUAUGCUCUGCAUGCUCCCCUGAGCUUGAGUCACUUAGCUCUUUUAAGAGCUUGUUCCUGACACGCUCUCCUUGGAGGAGGGAUCUUCACCACACAGUCCUGGAUGCUGGAGGUUCAUACAGGGUGGAAGGAAGAGUUCUUUCCCACAGAGUCCUGGAGGACAGAAGCUGAUCCAGGGUGGAAGGAAGACGGCGAGACUCCAGUCAACAUACGGCGGUUGCGGAGUCUGCGGUGGUUGUGGUGUCUGCUGCAGUGCUUGGAGUCCUCAGGAAGCGCUAGGAGCAUCCGUCAACGGAGGGUACUCAGUCGGAGUACAAGGAGCUCCGUUACACUGUGACCUUAAUGACAGGAAAAUGCACCUAGCAGUGUACUGCAAACUAUAUAUAAUAUUAGAUUUACUCUGAAAACGAUUGCAAGGAUACAAUUAAUGCCACAUGGACUACUUUCAGACCAUAGAAACUACAUUUUUGGGGGGACAAAUCGAUUUUGAAAAACCACAUUUUUUCACUGUGCACAUUAUCUAAAUACGUGAGAUUUAUCAGCUUGUUAGAGCCGCGGUAAUGUCCGGAGGCAUAACUAGAAACCACAGGGCCCCGGUGCAAGGAUUACCCUGGACCCCCUCCAUGUGUCUCAUGCCCACCCAGCCCUUCCAUGUGUCCCAAUUCCCCCCAAUCCCUCUAUGUGUCAGUUUACCCCAGCCGCUCCAUGUGACUCAGUUCCCCCCCAGUCCAUUUCAUGUGUCAAUUCAUCCCGUGUCUCUUCCAUGUGUCUCAAUUCCCCCCAAUCCCUCCAUGUGUCAAUUUACCCCAGUCCCUUCAUGUGACUCAGUUCCCCUCCAGUCCAUUCCAUGUGUCAAUUCCUCCUGUGUCUCUUCCAUGUGUCUCAAUUCCCCCCAAUCCCUCCAUGUGUCAAUUUACCCCAUCCCCUCCAUGUGACUCAAUUCCCCCCAGUCCAUUCCAUGUGUUAAUUCAUCCUGUGUCUCUUCCAUGUGUCUCAAUUCCCCCCAAUCCCUCCAUGUGUCAAUUUACCCCAGUCCCUUCAUGUGACUCAGUUCCCCUCCAGUCCAUUCCAUGUGUCAAUUCCUCCUGUGUCUCUUCCAUGUGUCUCAAUUCCCCCCAAUCCAUCCAUGUGUCAAUUUACCCCAUCCCCUCCAUGUGACUCAAUUCCCCCCAGUCCAUUCAAUGUGUUAAUUCAUCCUGUGUCUCUUCCAUGUGUCUCAAUUCCCCCCAAUCCCUCCAUGUGUCAAUUUACCCCAGCCCCUUCAUGUGACUCAGUUACCCCCAGUCAAUUCCUCCUGUGUCUCUUCCAUGUGUCUCAAUUCCCCCCAAUCCCUCCAUGUGUCCAUGUGUCAAUUUACCCCAGCCCCUCCAUGUGUCUCAAUUCCCCCCAGUCCCUUCCAUGUGUCAAUUCAUCCCGUGUCUCUUCCAUGUGUCUCAAUUCCCCCCAAUCCCUCCAUGUGUCAAUUUACCCCAGCCCCACCAUGUGACUCAGUUCCCCCCCAGUCCUUCCAUGUGUCACUUCAUCACCAGUCCCUCCAUGUGUCAAUUUACCCCAGCCCCUUCAUGUGACUUAAUUCCCCCCCAGUCCAUUCCAUGUGUCAAUUUCUCCCUAGUCCCUCCAUGUGUCAAUCCCCACCGUCCCUCCAUGUGUCAAUCCCCACCUUCCCUCCAUGUGUCAAUUAACCUCUGUGUCCCUCCAUGUGUCAAUCCACCAAAUCCUGCCCCAUGUCAAUCCCCUGUUGCCCUCUGUGCCUGCUCUUUCAGUGAGCACUUCCUGUGAGACCCUCUACUCCGGUCAGCUCGGCCACACUACUUGUUGUGACUGGCAGAGAGGGUGAGCGCUGUUCACUCCACCUCCUGCUGGUCACCCGGCAACCGAGGGUGCUGGGCUGGUACGACCCACAGUUACAGGGGUCACAACUGUAACUAGUAACGUCACUGCUUUGGAAGUGGAAACCCAGAUUCAGAUCUUGGUCAGGUCGUAUUACCAGUAAGUGUCCCUGGGCAAUACCCCUAAAGAUAUAUAUCUUGAAUGUGAACAGUUACUGCUAUACUGUGUUAUAUUGACAAAUCCACAUCAUUAUAAUAUGACAUUAUAGUCUAUUGGGUUCAGUAAAUUAACAAUACUACAUUUUCAAUGUAUCCAGCAAGUGUAAAAUUAUUUGAGUAAAUCUAUAAUCAUUUAUUUAACUUUUUAUUCUGUAAACUUAACCAGACAGCUCUCAGGUCAUAAUUCAGCAACCGAGUAUUUCAGACUUGGGGAUCUAGUCAAUAAAAGGGUUGCCUAAUAUUUGGAAAGAAUGGUCGCACAUGAGGUUCCAAUCCAUCCAUGUGUCAAUUUACCCCAUCCCCUCCAUGUGACUCAAUUCCCCCCAGUCCAUUCAAUGUGUUAAUUCAUCCUGUGUCUCUUCCAUGUGUCUCAAUUCCCCCCAAUCCCUCCAUGUGUCAAUUUACCCCAGCCCCUUCAUGUGACUCAGUUACCCCCAGUCAAUUCCUCCUGUGUCUCUUCCAUGUGUCUCAAUUCCCCCCAAUCCCUCCAUGUGUCCAUGUGUCAAUUUACCCCAGCCCCUCCAUGUGUCUCAAUUCCCCCCAGUCCCUUCCAUGUGUCAAUUCAUCCCGUGUCUCUUCCAUGUGUCUCAAUUCCCCCCAAUCCCUCCAUGUGUCAAUUUACCCCAGCCCCACCAUGUGACUCAGUUCCCCCCCAGUCCUUCCAUGUGUCACUUCAUCACCAGUCCCUCCAUGUGUCAAUUUACCCCAGCCCCUUCAUGUGACUUAAUUCCCCCCCAGUCCAUUCCAUGUGUCAAUUUCUCCCUAGUCACUCCAUGUGUCAAUCCCCACCGUCCCUCCAUGUGUCAAUCCCCACCUUCCCUCCAUGUGUCAAUUAACCUCUGUGUCCCUCCAUGUGUCAAUCCACCAAAUCCUGCCCCAUGUCAAUCCCCUGUUGCCCUCUGUGCCUGCUCUUUCAGUGAGCACUUCCUGUGAGACCCUCUACUCCGGUCAGCUCGGCCACACUACUUGUUGUGACUGGCAGAGAGGGUGAGCGCUGUUCACUCCACCUCCUGCUGGUCACCCGGCAACCGAGGGUGCUGGGCUGGUACGACCCACAGUUACAGGGGUCACAACUGUAACUAGUAACGUCACUGCUUUGGAAGUGGAAACCCAGAUUCAGAUCUUGGUCAGGUCGUAUUACCAGUAAGUGUCCCUGGGCAAUACCCCUAAAGAUAUAUAUCUUGAAUGUGAACAGUUACUGCUAUACUGUGUUAUAUUGACAAAUCCACAUCAUUAUAAUAUGACAUUAUAGUCUAUUGGGUUCAGUAAAUUAACAAUACUACGUUUUCAAUGUAUCCAGCAUGUGUAAAAUUAUUUGAGUAAAUCUAUAAUCAUUUAUUUAACUUUUUAUUCUGUAAACUUAACCAGACAGUUCUCAGGUCAUAAUUCAGCAACCGAGUAUUUCAGACUUGGGGAUCUAGUCAAUAAAAGGGUUGCCUAAUAUUUGGAAAGAAUGGUCGCACAUGAGGUUCUGUUUACAUAUCAAUAUACACUAUAGCUAUCAGCUAUGUUAGGAAUGUUACAAUUCUUCUAGAUUCCAAAACUGAACGAGAUCAAGAUGACGUUGGCCUUCCAUCAAUAUUCAGUAAGAUGAUAUAUUCUGUGGAGCUGAUUCAUGGGCAAGGCAUAAACCUGUUCCUCUGAGCAGCCUCUGUGAGGUACUCCCUCCUUGGGAGUAUUCAGAGAGAGCUAUUUAAAUGUCUGGCAGAAUAUUGUGUGCACAUUGAUUGGGGAAGAUCAACUCAAGAUGAACACUUCCAUCGCAAUCCUGCUCAUUCUCUCACUCCAGUUUACUGGUGAGUUUUCUGUGUCUGGUGAUCGUUUAGAAAGAUUGUAUCGUUCACUGAGUGGUCAUCAUGUAUUUAUAUUGUGUAGUCUAUAGCUAAGUGUAAUUCAAAUGUAAUAUGAAGAUCUCUUUACAGAACCUUCAAUGUCAGCCUUCGUAUUGUUGGAUAUAUAGUGGGGUUUCAGCAAAGAUACUUAAAUAUGUCUCUUGUGUUACUCAUCAUGGCAGGGACAUGAGAUAAAUGUAUGAAUUCAAGUCCUACUGGAGGUAUUCAGUGUCCUUUAUAAUUAUACCGGUAUUUUACAUGUCAGAGGUAUUUCGAUAUAUUCCAUCAAUACAAGUUCCUGAGGAACGAGGUAGAUGAGAUAUAUUCAGGUAGUUUAAUAGCAAUAAACAUUGAGUAGCUACAACAUUAAACCCACUGACAGGUAAAGUGUAUAACAUUGAUUAUAUCGUUACAAUGUCACUCGUCAUGGGUGGGAUAUAUUAGGCAGCAGGUGAACAGUCAGUUCUUAAAAUAUUUGUGUUUGAAGCAAGUAAAAUAGGCAAUUGAAAAGAUCAAAAGACUUUGUCAAGGGUCAAAUAUUUUCCCAGAUCUCAAUCCAAUUGCAGAAUUUAAAGGAUUUGCUGCUGUUUUGGUCCCACUUACCACAGGACAUGUAGAGCCCAUGUCUUGAUGUCAGGGGCAUAACUAGAGCAUUUGGCACCAGGGGCAGAUCCUGUGUUUGACAACCUCCACCCCCUCAAAUGUAAAAAAACACACGCUGCUUCAAAGUGUAUGCCUGGAGAUAUUCUGGAGAUAAACUGGAGGUAAUCUGAGGUCAGGGCUGGUACAAGGAUUUCUGCUGCCGUAGGCAAACAAAAUUUUGCUGCCCCCCAUAUGCUCUGCCCACCAUGUGACAUCACAAUGCCCGCCCAUAUGUCCACAUACAUGGCCCACCCAUGAGUUCGCUCACAGGGAGUGGAGUGUAUGUGUGUAGGGGAUGUGUUAUGUGUUAUUGUAGAGGAUGCAAUGUGUGCGUGUUCUUAUGGAAUGUAGUGUAUAGGGAUACCAGUUUGUGUAAGGGAUGCAGUGCGUGUUUGUACGUAAGUAAUGCAUUGUGUGUUUCUGGGUGUGUGUGUGUGUGUGUAAGGGAUGCAUUGUGUGAAUCUGUGUUUGUAUGUGUAAGGGAUGCAAAGUGUGUUUCUGUGUAUGUAAUGUAAUGCAGUGUGUGUAAGAGAUGCAUUGUGUUUCUGUGUGUGUAAGGAAGCAGUGUGUGUGUGUGUGUGCGCGUCUGUGUGUGCGUGCGUAAGGGAUGCAUUGUGUGUUUUUGUAUGUAAGGGAUGCAGUGUGUGCAAGGGCUGCAUUGUGUGUGUGUGUAAUGGAUGUAUUGUGUGUUGCUGUGUGAGUAUGUUUCGGUGUGUCUGUGUUUGUGUAGGGAUGCAUUGUGUAUGUGUGUAAUGUAGAAGAGAGGGUUUGUUGGGUAGGAUAGGGACUGAGAGGGGAGCAGCUAUUUUUUUUAAUUAUAUUUAUUUUGUUAAUAUAAUUUUUUUAUGUAUAUUUUUUCUUUACGUUUUGUGUCUUACACUCCCCUUUAGUGUAUCUCUUACAAGCUCCUUGUGUGUCUCUUAUCACCCCCUCUUUGUAUGUCUCCUACAUCCUCCGAACCCCUUUUAAUGUCUUACUUCCCCCCAGCUCCUCUGUGUCUUACUCUUCCCAACCCCUUUGUGUGUCCACCCCUCAUCCCCCCCCUCCCCCCCCCCAAGCUUCUGUUUCCUGUACCCGGCCGGACUGGAAGAAAGUAAUAAUAUAUAUAAAUUAGAGUAUGUAUAAAAUUCUGAAAACUAAUCUAUUGUUUCUUAUCCCAUACAGGAUCAUUAUGUCAAAGUAACACAACUUCAGGUAAGCUAUAUAUAACAUAAUACCUAGCGGACUCACUCACUAAACAGCCAUUUCAAGUAUCACAGAUUGUAAUAGUUCUUUUUAAAAACACCUCACCUAGGUAACAUUAAUUAGUUAUUGUAUGUGACCAUGUAUGUACAUAAGCCUGCCACAACGUCAAUGUACCCCAUUCUUGGCAAGGUCCUACUCUAGCAGCCUAAUGUCUACUAAUAUGAGACCGAUACACUUACGGGGGAAAUUCUUCCUCCUCGGACUCUCCGCAGGUCAAGGUUAAAUAGGAUCCUGGAAUGAGGCACCUGUGACACGGAGAAGUGCAAACCCUGGGAGUCGGCCUAGACUCCCAAAUAUAUUAAUACACCCAAGAGGCUGCACUCACCUGAACAUGCAGACAUUAUAGGAUGCUGCCGGGGCCAAUUCAUACAACAAACAACAUCCAACGCACUCACAAUUAUUUUAAAGCUCACAAAAUGUAAUAGUUUUUUUUCAAACCACUAACCUAGGCAAUAAUAAUGUGGUUUAGUUACAUUGCAUUGAACUGUAUGAUCAGAGGUGCAACUAGAAACCACGGGGCCCUAAAUCCCCCCUCCCAUAUGUCUAACCCAGCCAGUCCCUCCAUGUGUCUCAUUCACUCCCCACAGGGUGAGUGUAGCAUGGUUGGGGGGGGGAUGGAGGUGUUAAUGAGAUAGGGUGACUGUGGCAGGGUGAAAGGGGGCGAGUGUGACAGAGUGAUGGAGAAUAAAUGUGGCAAGAUUGGAGAGGGAGAAGGGGGAAGAGUGACAGUGCCAGAAAAGGUGAGAGUAAUAGGGUUAAUAUGGCAGAGCGAUGGGAGGUAAGUAUGGCAUGGGUGAGUGACAGGAUUGUGGAGUGUGGCAGGGUGAAGGGGGUGACAGUGUGUGUGGUGGGGUCACAGUUACACAGACACACAGAUGCAUACACUAACACAUAUGCAGAUAAACAAACACAGAUUAUUGUACAUGCAGAUCCACAUCGUUUAACACAUACAGAUACACACACUGACACACAUGCUGAUACACAGACACAUACAGACACAGAUGCACAGAUACACACACUGACACACAUGCAAAUACAGACACACAAACUAACACACAGAUAGAUACACAGAAUGACACUCCUACAGAUACAAGCACUGACACACAUGCAAAAACACAGAUACAAGCACUGACACACAGAUACACAUAUAUACACACAUGCAGAUACACAUACACUUAAGGACAAACAUUCAGAUACACAGAAUGACACUUAUAUAGAUACAAACAGUGACACGCAUGCGGAUACAUAGGGCAAAUACACAGACAUACAGAUACAGAUACACAUACAGACACACAUGCCGAAAAAGAGAUACCCAUAGAGACUCGCACAUACAGACACAUACAUACAUGCAGACAUACAUAUCCACAUACAGAACACAUACAUACAUACAUAGAGACACACACACAUGUAAAAUGUUUUAGUCACCCUCCUGUUUCCUACCUUUUAGGUGCCGAGAUAAUCCAUUCACCUCACAGGUGUGACAUAUCAAGAUGCUGAUUAGACAGCAUGAUUAUUGCACAGGUGUGCCUUAGCCUGGCCACAAUAAAGGCCGGUCUGAAAUGUGCAGUUUUACUUUUAUUAUGGGGACCCAGGGGGGGUCCAAAAACUAGUCAGUAUAUGGUGUGACCACCAUUUGCCUCACACAGUGCAACACAUUUCCUUCGCAUAGAGUUGAUCAGGUAGUUGAUUGUGGCCUGUGGAAUGUUGGUCCACUCCUCUUCAAUGGCUGUGCGAAGUUGCUGGAUAUUGGCAGGACCUGGAACACGCUGUCGUAUACGCCGAUCCAGAGCAUCCCAAACACGCUCAAUGGGUGGCAUAUCCGGUGAGUAUGCUGGCCAUGCAUAAACUGGGAUGUUUUCAGCUUCCAGGAAUUGUGUACAGAUCCUUGCAACAUGAGGCAAUGCAUUAUCAUGCUGCAACAUGAGGUGAUGGUGAAUGAAUGGCACAACAAUGGGCCUCAGGAUCUCCUUACAGUAUCUCUGUGCAUUCAAAAUGUCAUCAAUAAAAUGCACUUGUGUUCAUUGUCCAUAACAUACACCUGCCCAUACCAUAACCCCACUGCCACCAAGGGCCACUCGAUCCACAACGUUGAUGUCAGCAAGCCGCUCACCCACACAACACCAUACACGUUGUGUGCCAUCUGCCCUGUACAGUGAAAACACAGAUUAAUCCGUGAAGAGAACACCUCUCCAAAGUGCCAGACAUCAUCGAAUGUGAGCAUUUGCCCGCUCAAGUCGGUUACGACGACAAACUGCAGUAAGGUAAAGACCCCGAUGAGGACAACGAGCAUGCAGAUGAGCUUCUCUGAGACGGUUUCUGACAGUUUGUGCAGAAAUUCUUUGGUUAUGCAAACCGAUUGUUGCAGCAGCUGUCAGGGUGGCUGGUCUCAGACGAUCUUGGAGGUGAAAAUGCUGGAUGUGGAGGUCCUGGGCUGGUGUGGUUACACGUGGUCUGUGGUUGUGAGGCUGGUUGGAUGUACUGCCAAAUUCUGUGAAACACCUUUGGAGAUGGCUUAUGGUAGAAACAUGAACAUUCAAUUCACAGCAACAGCUCUGGUGGGCAUUCCUGCAGUCAGCAUGCCAAUUGCACGCUCCCUCAAAACUUGCAACAUCUGUGGCAUUGUGCUGUGUGAUAAAACUGCACAUUUCAGAGUGGCCUAUUAUUGUGGCCAGCCAAAGGCACACCUGUGCAAUAAUCAUGCUGUCUAAUCAGCAUCUUGAUAUGCCACACCUGUGAGGUGGAUGGAUUAUCUCGGCAAAGGAGAAGUGCUCACUAACACAGAUUUAGACAGAUUUGUGAACAAUAUUUGAGAGAAAUAGGCCUUUUGCAUAGAUAGAAAAAGUCUUAGAUCUUUGAGUUAAGCUCAUGAAAAAUGGGGACAGAAACAAAAAAGUGUUGCAUUUAUUAAUUGUGUUCAGUGUAGAUAGACAGACAGAUAAAAGGCCAUAUUGGACCUUUUGCUUAAGUGAUCAACGACAACGAUUUAUUUCAGAUAAAUGUGAAAGGUUUGCUUUAGGCACUAUUAACUCACUUCUGACUUUUCUCCCAUUGAUUUGGCAUUGCAACUACAGCAACUACAGCAACUAUGGCACCUACAACAACGACAGCCAGCGAAGGAGUUCCCGGAUGGGGAGUUGCUCUCAUAGUUCUGUGUUCUGUGGCUGUCUUCCUCCUUUUGGUCGGCAUUUGUUUUAUAGUAAGUAGAAAGCCUCUUUUGAGGGUAAAAUCAGAUCAAAGUUGGUGAAUUCUUCCUAAUUUUAAUUUAAUUUGUUUAGUUUCCUUGUAAAUACAAUCCGCAGUUUGGAGCAUGUAAUGUGUGCUAUUUUGCCAAAAGGAUUAGGAAGCUGAUUGUAAAAUGUGAGCUAAAAGAACAAUUUCUUUUCCAUCUGACAAUGUUUCUCCAUUUCAUUCUCUCUUAUCCAGGUACCCGAUUUCAAUAAUUAAUUCUCUCUGAUCCACGUUCCCUAUUUCAAUAAUUAAUUCUCUCUGAUCCACGUUCCCUAUUUCAAUAAUAAAUUCUCUCUGAUCCACGUUCCCUAUUUCAAUAAUUAAUUCUCUCUGAUCCACGUUCCCUAUUUCAAUAAUUAAUUCUCUCUGAUCCACGUUCCCUAUUUCAAUAAUUAAUUAUCUCUGAUCCACGUUCCCUAUUUCAAUAAUUAAUUAUCUCUGAUCCACGUUCCCUAUUUCAAUAAUUCAUUUUCUCUGAUCCACGUUCCCUAUUUCAAUAAUUCAUUCUCUCUGAUCCACGUUCCCUAUUUCAAUAAUUCAUUCUCUCUGAUCCACGUUCCCUAUUUCAAUCAUUCAUUCUCUCUGAUCCACGUUCCCCUCAUUUCAUCCACGUUCCCUAUUUCAUUCUCUCUGAUCCACGUUCCCUAUUUCAGUAAUUCAUUCCACGUUCCCUAUUUCAAUAAUUAAAUCCACGUUCCCUAUUUCAAUAAUUAAUUGUCUCUGAUCCACGUUCCCUAUUUCAAUAAUUAAUUCUCUCUGAUCCACGUUCCCUAUUUCAAUAAUUAAUGAUCCACGUUCCCUAUUUCUCUCUGAUCCACGUUCCCUAUUUCAAUAAUUAAUUCUCUCUGAUCCACGUUCCCUAUUUCAAUAAUUAAUUAUCUCUGAUCCACGUUCCCUAUUUCAAUAAUUCAUUUUCUCUGAUCCACGUUCCCUAUUUCAAUAAUUCAUUUCUCUGAUCCACGUUCCCUAUUUCAAUAAUUCAUUCUCUCUGAUCCACGUUCCCUAUUUCAAUAAUUCAUUCUCUCUGAUCCACGUUCCCUAUUUCAAUCAUUCAUUCUCUCUGAUCCACGUUCCCUAUUUCAGUAAUUCAUUUUCUCUAAUCCACGUUCCCUAUUUCAAUAAUUAAUUGUCUCUGAUCCACGUUCCCUAUUUCAAUAAUUAAUUCUCUCUGAUCCACGUUCCCUCUUUCAAUAUUUCAUUCUCUCUGAUCCACGUUCCCUUUUUGCUAUCUUUCAUUCUCUCUGAUCCACGUUCCCGAUUUCAAUAAUUCAUUCUCUCUGAUCCACGGUGUCUAUUAGACUUCGAGAUUUCUUGCGGUCCAAACUGUAAUUUGUCCGAAUAUUGGACCUGAUUGGGUGAUUGUUCGAAUUCCCGAACUCCAAGCUCUGCCCUACUCCAAUAGCGUCUCUUUGAUUUCCAAGCAAGGCAUAGCUCCAGAAUUUUCUAAUUUCUGUUGAGUUUCGCUAUAAAUCAGGAGGCCCUGUAUUGGUAAAUUCAGCUUUUAGUUCUGUUCAAGAAUGAAAUAAACCCAGCUAUAAAUUAUUAAUUCCAUUUAUGUUUGGCAGCCAUUUGAUUCCUUAUUUGUUUGGUCCAACUAGAGCUAUGAGUUUUGAGUGCUAGAGAUAUUAUUCCUACUUUUUUCUCUCAUAUCACGCACUUUUCUACUUUCCGAGCUAUAACAUUGGAUUUCUUUAUUUAAUUUUUUUCAGAUCAUUGCUCAGCGGAACUAGUGCAGAACAUCAACAAAGAUGAACUCUCAAAGCCUAGCAUCUCGGUGUUUACCUGCUAGUGUUAAUCUCUCUCUAUUUUGGGCGUUUUGGAUUUACCAUAGAGGUGGCUUCUUGCCGUAUGACAAGGGAAGAGACGCAGUAUUACAUUGUGUAACUUCAGUAACUGUGUAUUAUGAAUAUGAAUAAAAUAUAAACUGACUUACCCACGAGCAUAUGGUGUUACAUAUCAAAGUAAAUAAAUAAAUGAUGUGAUAG